AUGACCUUUAAGCGCCAAUUGAAGGACUUCCUGGUCACGUCCGUCCUGCUGGGAAGCUUGUUCGGCGCUGUCGUCGCAGAGGACGAGUCCAUCCUGAACACCGAGGUUGCGCGCCUGAACAACGAUACUUUAUUAUGGGGACCUUACAAGCCAAAUCUUUAUUUCGGAGUCCGCUCACGGACGCCCAAGUCUCUGAAUCUGGGCUUGCUAUGGGCGAAGCUCGACAACUACAAUGAGGUCCAGCAUCACAUAAGGUAUACCUGCGAGCAGAACGAGGGAAUGGCCGGUUAUGGCUGGGACGAGUACGACACUAGGAGAGGAGGCGUACAAACCAUCCAUGAUGCUCAAAACCAAAUUGACAUUAGCACGUCCUUUGUCAAAAUCCCCGGUGGUGCAAAUGGUGGCAGCUGGGCGGCAAGGAUCAAGGGAGAACUGCGACCAGACGCGGCCAAGGACCUCAAGACAGGCGUCUGGCUGUACAUCACACAGGAGGGCCUGGGAAGUCUCGAGACCGUGGGCUCCGGCGACGAUAAUGGUUUCCCCGAAGACCUUGCCCUCGUAGGAAACUCUGAGUUCCUGGGCGACUACAAAAUUUCGGUCACCAAAGGAACUGGCAACCAUCCCGACGGAGACGAGAGGCUUGGAAAGGAGCGCGAUCUUAAAAAGACGUCCGUUCAGUCAACCAGCGUUCCCGAGGAAGCGCUCUGGCAGGCAAAGCCCGUCAUCUUCCGUCAGCUCAAGGAGCACAUUGACAAUAUUCAAUCGCGCUUCGCGGACGAGGACGCGCCACCGCCCUGUGACGUAUACGCUCUCCCGCACAAGCCUGGUGGCGGCAACGUCCACAUCAUCCAGAAGAUAUUCGAAGGGCCGUUUGAGUUUGAUGUCAUCUUCAACAGCGCAUCGGCUGGGAAAGAGCUCAGCAGCGACGAUGUUACUCGGGAGAUCCGUUCCACUACCGAGGCAUUUGGCGAGCGGUUCUCUGAUGUUUUCAACCUAAAGGCGCCAUUCACGGCGGACAAGUACAAGAAGUUUGGCCGUAGCAUGUUUUCGAACCUCAUUGGUGGUAUAGGCUACUUUUACGGAGAUUCUGUGGUCGACCGCUCCUACGCUCCCGAGUAUGAAGAGGAGAACGAAGGCUUCUGGGAAGAGACUGCCCAGGCCAGAGCUCGCAAGCAAGAGGGUAUGGAGGGUCCUAGUGAGCUGUUUACCAGCAUUCCAUCCCGGCCUUUCUUCCCUCGUGGUUUCUUGUGGGAUGAAGGCUUCCAUCUGAUCCCUAUUGCCGACUGGGAUAUGGAUCUCACUUUGGAGAUCGUCAAGAGCUGGUUCAAUUUGAUGGAUGAUGAUGGAUGGAUUGCAAGAGAGCAGAUCCUGGGGGCCGAAGCUCGCAGCAAGGUUCCCGCCGAAUUUCAGGUACAAUACCCUCACUACGCAAACCCGCCGACUUUGUUCUUUAUCAUAGACACAUUCGUCGAGAGGCUGCGCAAGUCGAACGGCAGCAUGCCUGCGCACAAAGAGCAGCUCUCUCAGGGAGCGUCGGUUGCCAACGCGCACAUUGAGAACCCCGUCAUAGGCACUGAGUUCCUGCGCAACUUGUACCCGCUACUGCGUAGACAGUAUGACUGGUUCCGUAAGACCCAGAAGGGAGAUAUCAAGUCGUACGACCGCGAGGCGUUUUCCAAGCGGGAGGCCUACAGGUGGCGCGGUCGAACAGUCCAACAUGUUCUCACCAGCGGUCUGGACGACUACCCUCGCCCUCAGCCCCCUCACCCUGGCGAGCUGCACGUCGAUCUCAUGUCUUGGAUGGGUCUCAUGACCAAAUCUCUUCUCAACAUUGCCGAUGCGUUGGGAAUGCACGAAGAGGUCGCUGAGUUUCAGAAGAACUUGGACGCCAUUGAGCGCAACCUAGAUGACCUGCACUGGUCCGAGAAGGAUGGAUGCUACUGUGACGCAACCAUUGACGCUUUUGAGGAGCACCAGCUGGUGUGCCAUAAGGGCUACAUCUCUUUGUUUCCGUUCAUAACCGGUCUCCUCAAGCCUGACAGCCCGAAACUAGGGAAGACCUUGGAUCUGAUAGGUGAUGAGGAAGAGCUCUUCAGCCCUCAUGGUAUUCGCAGUCUGAGCUUGAAGAACGAGUUUUACGGCACGGCUGAGAACUACUGGAGAAGCCCAAUUUGGAUCAACAUCAACUAUCUCACUUUGGUACAGCUCAAGAAUGUUGCUACUCAGGAUGGCCCCUACAAGCAAAAGGCCAAGGAUUUGUACACCAAACUUCGAAUCAACCUCAUUGAUACAGUCUACAAGAGCUGGGAGGAGACGGGCUUCGCCUGGGAACAGUACAACCCUGAGACUGGCAAGGGGCAGCGAACGCAGCACUUUACGGGCUGGACCAGCCUGGUGGUGAAGAUUAUGACCAUGGAUGACUUGAGCGAGGGUGCCGCUCCUCCAAAGGCCCCUGAGAAGGACGAGCUUUGA